GCCCUUGUUGGAGAUUCGUGUUCUGGGCAAGAAUCGUAUUGGACGCGUUGUCUCAAGCGAGGACCGCGAUACGCAAAAGAGCCGUUACGCAGAACGUCGGGUCGUUGGUUAACACCUUGGUGCUUUCGCUGCGAAGGCAUGUCACGAGAAAUGCGGGAAACGAAGGUGGAGUCAUGGGGAUUGUCCAUGAGUGUGAAGGCCAAGAACUUCGAUUUCAAGCUCAAGUUGUCCAGAUUUGUUGGUGGCCAGAGUUUUGGAGAUGCCCACGAUGUUCCUCCCAAAACAUCUCUCCUUCAGAAGAUCAGAGGGUGUCUGGCGAAGCUUAAAAUGAGCGUGAAAAGAAGUGUCCGCAGAGGCAUCGCGUCGCGGACUGAAGGCCGAACUCCCCCACGAGAUGUCAGCAAAACUGCGAAGGGGACUCGCUUUUGGUUGCUUAAUCAGGUGGAACGCUCUCCUGAAAUUUCCAAUUCUCAGUUCCUGCCAAGCUCGGUGGAUAUGAAGGUUGCUGGCACAAUCAUCUUGUACACAGUGAAGGGGGUUAUAUAUUUCCUGCUGCUUUCCAAGAGUGUCCUUACGAGGAUAUGUCCACGGCCAAUUUCGUUAAGUGCAUCUUUGAUUUCAUUACUUGGUUUUAUUAUUUAUUUUCUGGGUUGCCGCCAUGACAUAUCACAUGGUGUAUCGAGAGCUUGGCUUGAGAGCAUUGUACCUAGAAAGUUGUAUCUAUUUACCUAGUUCAUAUUCAAGUUUCUGAUCUUGUCCUUCUUUAAUCAACCAAAUGAAAUGCAGGUUCAGUUAGUAUUUCAGUUUUGCAAGUGAACUAAGUUCGGCUUGACGUCAUAAUGUACUUCCAGGUUUCUUACUUUAAA